GUGAACACGUCCAGGUGAGCAACAGAGUGCUUUAUACCCCCGCCCACGUAUUAUUUUGAGUAUAACCACGUUUGUAAUCAAACAAACGCGACAACUGCUGUCUUUAAGAUUCGGAUAAUGUGUUCGUUAUCCGACAAUGGCUAUUUUCCAGCCGUGAAGUAAUUCUGUGAAAAUAAAGAUACCCAACAAUAAUGAUUCUCACUGGAUCAGACCAUUUCUUAUCGGGUUCGGUAGGAGUAACUGCGUUUCUAGGAGCAGUAGCCGGUUUCGUUACUCUUCUCUUAGUACUCUUUUUAUACCUAGCUCGAAAAUGGACUUUUACACCCGUUUCUCAAACAGCUCGUUUUGGUGGAAUUUGUGUACCAUUAAAUGAUACGAACUGUUCUGAUUUCACGACACCUCCGAUUUCAAAAAAUUUGGAUAAAAUCUUUACUUAUUCCGAUCCGGAAACUAGUUCUGAUUCGGAAGAAGAUGCACUUCGACGAUUACAAAAUUCCCUUUCUCAACAUCCACCAAAUAUUCUGACUAUUCAAACUGAAGAUGGGCCAACAGUUCUUGAUGCAGUUGAUACUUCCAAUAAUUGUAGCGAAGAACAUUCACCUGAUCAGCAAGAGUGUGUGGUUGAAGUUGGGUCUCCAAAUAUUUUAAUGGAGACACGAGAGUCCGAAAAAGUAAUAGAAGAAAUUUGUAGUCCAUCACCAAGUGAAAUCACACCGACAAUUGGUGGAUUAAUUGAAGAAAUAGGAAGUCUCGAAGUGGCAUUUCUGUAUGAUGCACCAAUGCGAGAAAUGACUGUUCAAGUUCUUCAAGGCCGAAACUAUCCCGCAGGCAUCGGAGGAAGUCAAGUACGGCUUGUUCUGCUUCCAUCAAAGAAGCAAAGACGUAAGACAAGAGUUCGUCAGGGUACGUCACCUCAGUACAUGGAAAGUUUUCUAUUGCCUCGAGUUAAUCCCGAAGACGUAAAUGCCAUGGGAGUGAGGCUUCGAGUUUAUCUUUGGAGUGGUCGAAUGCGUCGAGAACGGCUUUUAGGUGAAGCUAGAGUCUGCUUUGAUCAAAUAAAUCUUCAAUUAGAAACAACGCUUUGUCUGCCUCUACAACCUCCACCUUCUUCACCGGUUCAAGAAUGGGGUACGACUACAAGUUUAACCCGAAGCGACUCGACAGGGUCUCAACAGUCUGUACAAUCGUAUGCAUCUCCAACGAUACCCCCGUACGGCAGUAGUAUGAAGGGUGGAAGUAUAGCGGAAAUUCUUAUUGGUCUCGCUUAUAACGGCACUACCGGACGUCUUUCGGUAGAAAUAAUAAAAGGGUCACAUUUUCGGGGUGGCGGUGGCAGUGAUACAAAGCCACCAGAUACAUAUGUCAAGCUUACGUUGGUCGACACCAAUAGUCACGAAAUGGGCCGAUCUAAAACUGGACUGAGACGAGCACAACCAAAUCCACUUUACAAAGAAACUUUUAUAUUUCAGGUUGCACUGUUUCAGCUGGGCGAUGUUACGCUUUUUGUAUCAGUGUAUAAUCGCCGACGUUCCGCGAUGGGUAAAAAAGGACGUGAAAUGAUUGGUUGGCUUUGCCUUGGGCUGAAUAGUUCUGGACCUGAAGAGUUACAACAUUGGAACGAUAUGCGAACUGCAAGGCAACCAACUCAAGUCCAACGUUGGCAUUCACUUUUACGUCCAUAAAUUGGCUUAAUAUUUUAACAAUUUAUGGACAAGUUUAUUUAACUGGAAAUAAUUUCCAGAUGUGACGAUUGAUUAUUCGUUUGAAUAAUAGGAUAGUCGUCAGUUACCAUGAGAUAAAUGGAUCAAGUUCUGAAACAGUGAGUUUUAGAAUUGAAGAUAACGUUUGUGAGAAAAUAUCUUCGUGAAAAAUUUUUUACUGCCCAAUAAAAUAAUGAAGUUUAUAAGUUAUAAUUGUCGUCAAUCUUUCAAUGAAGAAUAUAUCGUGACGCUUUGUGUCAUCGGCUGUGGGCAGCAUAAUCUUUUUAUCAAUUCGUCAUAAAAUGACGUUAUUGUUUUGUUUUUUAAAUCGGCAAAGGCAACAAAUAAAUAAUAUUUUAAUUAUAUUAAUAAUAUUAUUAAUUGUAAAAAAAAGUUCACUCGCCAAAUUGAAUUUAAUUCAUAAGAGCACAAAUAAUAUCUUUUUUCUCAUUUUCUAUCCAUUUGUGCCUGAUGCCAAUAACAAUUUUAACUUUUUAAAUUUUACUUUUUGUGCCUUUAAUCCUCUAUCAAAGCUUGUUCAUUGUGAAUUUAAUUCAGCACAAUAUCAGAACAUUAAACAUCAUGAAAAAUAUUUUUAAAAGUAAUAGAAUAUUACACUCCAAGGGAGGAAAGUGGGACAUUCCAACCCACGUGUAUAAUAGCCUACCAGAGCCGAAGGCGAGUGCGGCAAACACGCGGAUUGGGACAUCCUGCAUUCCUCCGUGGUGUGCAUAAAAUUUUUCACCAAAUCUUUAUCCGAAAGUUUAAAAAGGUUAGAAUCCGUGCGCGACUCGAUCAUUUAAAAAGUGAUCAGUAGAUGGCGCUUCUAUAUGCGAAAAAAUAUUAAAAGAAAAAUAAACGAAAAUAAUUAUAAUAAUGAUAGAAAAAAAUGGCAGCUAAAAUUUUUAAGAAAUUACCAGUUUUGAAUUUUUUAUUAAUUAUAAUUAAACCAAAAAAAUUUGGAGUGAUAUUUAAAAAAGUUCUUCUAUUUAAGAAUUCAAGUGUAAAAAAAAUGAAGUGAAUCAAUUGGUUCUCAGAUAGCUUUCAAGUCGAAAUGACUGCUGUACGACUUUUUGAAGGCGGCCUCAAGAAGUCUUAUAAUGACUUCUUAAAGGUGUCAUUUUUAAGAACUCUUAAUUAAGAGUUCUUGAAGACUCCAUAAAUAAGACGUCAGUUUUGUGACGUCUAAAUGUAUUCUUUUUUUCAACUUCUUUAUGAAGUGAAAAUUAGGAGCUCCUUAAGACGUCGUGGUAAAUUCAUACUGAAGUCUUAUUAGCGAAGUCAGAAAUAAUAACUUCAUUGCUUCGCAAUUGGGUUGUCAAAUUUCAUUCCCUGUUUAGAAAAUCUCAUAGAAUCCAAUAGAUUCUCAUAAAUUCCCAUAGAAAUUUUGUAAGAAUGAAUGAGUUCUAUAAGAAGUGCUAUAGUUAAGUAUAAGACCUUACAUACAGCUAUAAGAAUCUAUCAGAUUUUCUAAGCAGGGUUGCUUCGCAAUAUAGUUGUGCAAUUUCAUUGCUUCGCAAUUUAGUUGUGCAAUUUCAUUGCUUCGCAAUUUAGUUGUGCAAUUUCAUUGCUUCGCAAUUUAGUUGUGCAAUUUCAUUGCUUCACAAUUCAGUUGUGCAAUAACUUCAUUGCUUCGUAAUUUAGUUGUGCAAUAACUUCAUUGCUUCGCAAUUUAGUUGUGAAAUAACUUCAUUGCUUCGUAAUUUAGUUGUGCAAUAACUUCAUUGCUUCGCAAUUAAGGUGUGCAAUUUCAUAGCUUCGCAAUGGGGUUGUGAAAUUUCAUUCUCUGUUUAGAAAAUCUCAUGGAAUCCAAUAGAUUCUCAUAAAUUCCCAUAGAGAUUUUGUAAAAAUGAAUGAGGUCUUUAAGAAGUGCUAUAGUUUAAGGCCUUAUACAUACAGCUAUAAGAAUCUAUCAGUUUUUUUGAGCAGGGUUGUUUCGCAAUUGAGUUGUGCAAUUUCAUUGCUUCGCAAUUGGGUUGUGCAAUUUUUUGCCUUGAAGAAAGAAUAGAGCAUUCGCUAAUUUUUAUCAUUUGUUUUCUCAUAAUGAGAGAAAUGUCUAGUAAAUAUGCCUAUGGAAGCAUAGUAAUAAUUAUACUACUCUAUAGUUUGUACAAGCAGUCAAAUAAGAGCGGCGUGACACAAACUAUAGAGUAAUGUAAUUAUUACUAUGCUGCAUAGGCAUAUUUUCUUGACAUUUCUCUCCGUGCAGAGCUGGAACUUAAACUUUCGGUACAAAUAUGGUGAAAAAAUAUAUAUAAUUGUUUAAAUAUUUAUUUAAUAAUAUUAAUUUAUCUGAAUUUACUUUCCAAGAGGAAAUUAAAUAAAAAUAAGAAAACAUAUUUUGUAACGUGCUGAAGACAACACGUUACGAUUUAGAAUAACACUCAACGACGCACAAUUCACAUCUUGCACCUCAUAAAUGCAGAUUGUGAUACUAUUUGGCUACAGUAAUAGAGAACAUUUAAUCUUGAUAAAUUAAUAAUUAAUGAUAUAUAGGCAAAGCAGAAUAAUAAUAAUUAUAUAAAUAAUAAUAAUAAUACUUAAUGUAUUGGAAAACGGUAUGAUAUCACGGCAAUGAAUUGCCAGAAACAAAAAAACAUGAAACCAAUGCUGUGAAAAUUUAAGUAAUUAUAGAAUCAUAAAUAUAAAACAUAAAAUAUUUAUUAUUUAUCAAAAUAUAGCAUUAACUAUCAUAUUGUUACUUCAUUCCCUUCGAUAUUUGGUAAAUAAUUAUAAUAAAAAAGUUCGAAUCAUUGCCUGAAUAAAAAUCGGAAUAAUCUAUUUAAUAAAAAAAAUGUCCUUGCAAACUAGACAUAUUAGCCAAGAAAAACAUAAAAAUAAAAACUAGAUUGUCUACAUUUUUACUAAAAAUUGAUGUGAUCAAAUAAUGUAAUUUGUUUACAUGUAAUAUUGCUAAGAAAAAUUUUGAAUAUUAGGAUCGUAAUUAGAUCCGCGUACUUUGAUUAUGAAUGUAAAACUGAUGAUCACUUUGUAAUUAAUGCAAUCGCAAAAUUUUUUAAAACCGCAGUUUUGAAUAUUAAUAAUUUAACUAUCGUCUGAUAGAAAUUUUUUUGUCAACCUGUCGUUGCUUAUUAAGUGCGAUAAAGGUAAAAAAAUAAAUAUAAAAAAAUUUGAUAAAUUAAUCUUGUCGAUUGUUGGAUUUUUAAGAAUGUUAAUGGAACAACUGUUGGAUUUUUGUCCACGUUUUCUCAAAAGCACCCUUUUUUCAAUGUCAUUUCAUUGAAACUUGUCUACUGCACAAAACAAAAAAAGAAACUUACCGUAAUCAAUGUUAUUAUUAAAUAAUUAAUAUAUUACAUUUGUCGCAUUUUAUAAACAAAAAAAAAAUAUAAUAAUAAAAGUGUAUUUCGAUAUUGUGAAAUUAAUAAUUUUACGUAAGUUAAUUGUGUAUGGAGAGAAAAUUAUGGUAACCGUUUCUAGUACGUUUAUGAAAGAUCAAACCAUAACGUUAUGGUAAUAAUUACUUGAAAUUAUGAGGUUUACGCCUGCAAUUUCUAGGAAAAGUUUCCAUAACUUAUAGUAACUAUUACCAUAAAUUAUGAAAAUUGUUGCCGUAUAGAAUGGUAAUUAUCACCAUAAUGCAUGGUAAUAGUUACCGUACUAUAUGGUAAUAGUUACCAUAGUAUACGGUAACUAUUACCAUGUAGCAUGGCAACUAUUACCAAAAAUUGUGCUAACUAUUACCAUAUAUUAAGGUAAUUAUUACCGUAACAGCCAGUAACAGUUACCGUAAUAUAUGGUAACUAUACCCGACAUUUAUGGUAACUGUUACCAUAAAUUAUGGAAAUUGUUGCCAUAUAGUAUAGUAAUUAUUACUAUACAUUAGGGCAACUAUUACCAUAAUGCAUGGUGAUAGUUACCGUACUAUAUGGUAAUAGUUAUCAUAGUAUACGGUAACUAUUACCAUAUAGCAUGGCUACUAUUACCAUAAAUUGUGCUAACUAUUACCAUGUAGCAUGGUAACUAUUACCAUAUAUUAAGGUAAUUAUUACCGUAACAGCCAGUAACAGUUACCGUAAUAUAUGGUAACUAUAACCGACAUUUAUGGUAACUAUUACCAUAAAUUAUGGAAAUUGUUGCCAUAUUACUAUAUGGUAUAGUAACUAUUACUAUACAUUAGGGUAAUUAUUACCAUUAUGCAUGGUAAUAGUUACUAUAAAUUAUACUAACUAUUACCAUAAAUUGUGCUAACUAUUACCAUAUAGCACGGUAAAUAUUGCCAUUUAUUAGGGUAAUUAUUACCACAAUACACAGUAAUAGUUACCGUAAUAUAUGGUAAUUAUUACCAUAAGUUAUGAAAAUUGGUGCCAUAUAGUAUGGUAACUAUUACUAUACCUUAGGGUAACUAAUAACACAAUGCAUGGUAAUAGCUACAAUAGUAUAUGGUAAUAGUUAUUAUAAAUUAUGCUAACUAUUACCAUAUAGCACGGUAAAUAUUACCAUUUAUUAGGGUAAUUAUUACCAUAAUACACAGUAAUAGUUACCGUAAUUUAUGGUAACUAUUACCAUGCAUUAUGAUAAUAAUUGUCCUAAUAUAUGGUAAUAGUUACCAUACUAUAUGACAAUAACCCUAAUAUAUGGCCACAGUUACCACGAUAUAUGGUAAUUAUUACCAUAUAUGAGGGUAAAUAUUACCAUAUAUUAGGGUAAAAGUUACUAUAUAUUAUGCUAGUGAUAUCAUAAUAUCAUGGUAUUUACUAUCACAAUAGUAUAGUAACGAUUACUAUAAUAGCACGAUCUCUAUUACUAUAUGUUAUGGUAAUGAUUACUUCAAUUCAUGUUAAAAGUUACCUUAGAUAUGGUGACCAUUACCACGGUAUUAUGGAAAUGGUUACCAUUAUAUUAUGGUAAUUAUUACCAUAAAUUUUUAGUAACCAUUACCAUGAUAUUAUGAAAAUUUUUACCAUCAAUUAUGGGAAUCAUUACCAUAAUAAAUAGUAAAGUUUACUAUAACAAUAUGAUAAUGAUUACCGUGGCAGAAUGAUAACGAUUACCAGGGUAAAUUUUACCGUGAAGCAUAAUGACAUGUAAUUAUUACCAUAAUUUUAUAGGAACUAUUUCGACAUCGUAUAUAUGAAUGAAGCCAAUAUAGAUAGGAAUAGUUUUCAUAAUUAGUAUGGGUGCCAUUUUCCUAUAAUCGAUAUCGGUUACCACAAGAUGUGGGAACCAUUCCCAUAAUAUAUUGUAAUUGUUACCAUAAAUUUCUCUCCGUGUAUAAGUUUAUAUUAAAAAUAAUAUUUAUCGAAUAUUGUUUGUCAAUUCAAAUUAUAAUUUAUUAAAUAAAAUAUAUAGUCUAAGCUUUUCACGAUCAUUACUUAAUUUAAAAAAUUUUUAUAUUAGUAAAGAUAAAUAAUUUAUUUGAAAUCUUGUUGUACUUAAAAAAUAAAUUAUAUUGGAUGUGAUACUUGUGAUACUGAAAAAACUAAAAUUGAGUAUCAGUAUAUAAACAUAAUGAUAAAAAUAAAGAGAACCUAUCAAAACAUUGUAUUUAAUUACCAUAAUCAUAAUAUAAUUACGACAAUUAAUUAACUUUUUAUAAUGUAGAUUUUAAAUUUCCAAAUUCUUUCAACGUAAAAUAAAUUAUAUAAAUAAUUCACAUUGAAAUAAAAAAAUAAAUAAUAGUUUCAGUAUGAAAAAUAUAUCAAAAUAUCAAAUAUAUUUACGUAUGCUACAGUUAUUUAAUUAACAUAUCUCAUUAAUAAAUUUAUUAUUAAAUUUAAAUCAUUUUUUUCUUGAAAUUCUUUCUUUAAAGGAUUCAAAUUAUGGUAAUUCCCGUAAUUUACGGUAUUCGGAAAUAUUACAGUGAAAUAUGUCUUUGACAGUAAAUUGCGGUAUUUUACGAUAAGAUCUCAGUAAUUUACCGUAAAUGUGCGACAAGCGGUAUUUUUCCGUAAAAUUACCGCACUUUAUCGCAAGCGUGCAGGUUUACUCAAAAUUACGGUAUUUUACUGAAGGUAAUAGCCUAAGCUAGCCCUAGCGGAUCCGAAUUACGGUAAAUACAGUGAUUUACCGUAAUUUACGGUGCCUAGCAGAAUUACCGUAAAUUAUGGUAAUCUACGGCAAAUUAUGGUAAAUUGCCGUAAUUUACGGUAAUUCUGCUAGGCGCCGUAAAAUUACGGUAAAUUACGGCAAUUGCCGUAAUUUACCGCAGAUUAGCGCAAUUUACGGUAAAUUUCCGUAAUUUACGGUAAUUCUGCUAGGCACCGUAAAUUACGGAAAUCACUGUAUUUACCGUAAUUCGGAUCCGCUAAGCUCCCUAGCGGAUCCGAAUUACGGUAAUUGCCGGAAUUUACGGCAUCCAGCAGAAUUUCUGUAAUUUACGUUACAAAUGCGGUAAGAUACCGUAAUUUAUCGUAAAUUAAAGUAGUUCGGCUGGAUACGGUAAAUUGCGGUAAUUAUCGUAAUUUACCGUAAUUCGGAUCUGCUAGGGAGUGGAGUAUUGUACUGUUUGUGGCAACACUGCUGUAGCAAUACCGUGUUUAGGUAAACAUGCGGUAAUUUACCGCAAAAAUACGGUAAAUUACGUUGAUAACCGUAAUUUGUGGUAUUCGGAAGCAUUGCGGUGAGAUAUAGUUUGUUUUACAAUAAAUUGCGGUAUUUUACGGUAAAAGCGUCAUAAUUUACCGUAAAGUUGCGGCAAGGCAGCGGUAUCGGCAGUGUUACAAUUCUACUCACCACAUCUGUACUCAAGGGAAGUAGCUGCAACUUAAAGCAGCGAAAAUUUUACUCACAAAGAAUCGAUAUUCUAUCGAUAGGCUUAAAUACGUGAGUAGAGUUGUAGCUGAGUAAAGAUAUAACUGAGUAGAGUUAAACCUGAGUACAAGAAAUGAGUAGAUUUAAGGCUGAGUAAAAUUGUGAGUGAGUAGAGUUGCAGCUACGUCCCUUAAGUAGUGAUGUUGUGAGUAGAAUUGUAACACUGCCGCGGUAUUUUCCCGUAAAUUGCGGGUCUACCACAAAAUUACGGUUUUUUUUACCGUAAAGCGAAAUAUUGUAUUGUUUUUACACUAUAAAUGCCGUAAAUUGCCGUAUUUUACUGUAAUCUAUCGCAUAUUGUUGCCGUAAAUUACCAUAAAAUGCAGAAAAUUUACCAUAGCAAUGACCUAUUUUACGGUAACAUCCCGUAUUUUUACUGUAAAUAAGGUAAUUAGCGUACUUUAGGUAAAUGCCGUAAUUUACCGCAAUUCAAAUUGGCCGGGGUUUAAGUAAAUAUUUAAAUUUUUGAACACAAGAAAAAUGGUUUCGAGAUAAAAUCGAAGGUUUAACAAUUUAUUAUUUUUUUCUCAAUGUUUAAAUAAAGGUAUUGUUUGAAUCAACAUCAAAAUAUGCUAGAUAAAAAUAAAAAGCUUUACAUAUCUUAUAAAGAUUUUUACAAAUUGACAAAGUACGAUAAUUACAAAAAUUAUUUUUAAAACGUCUGUAAUCAUAAUUCAAUUAUUUGCUAUUUUGUUGACUCAGUGCGUAGUAGAGAAAAUAAUUUUCAUAUUUGAAUUGCUUGAGUAAAACAGAUGUCUUGCUACUUGAUAAUUUGUGUGACAACACUUACAAGGAUUUAAUAUUGCGGUAAUUUAACCUGCAAGUGUCGGCGGGUAAUAAAAUUUUUAUACAUCAAUGAUAUGAAAAUUAAUUUUGUCAAUAUUCCGAUUCAACUACGAAAUGUGUAAUGAAAAAUAAAUAUCGAUAACUGAUUCUAUUAUUAAUAUUUGUUAGAAAAUUUUCAUAUUUUUAAAUUCAUGCGAAGUCUUAUUGCUUUUGUUUUUACAUUCUUGUAAUUUCUUCAAGUUAAGAAUCAAUUUGAUGAAAAUUUAGUUCCUCUAGAUCUAGUUAAUAAAUUAAUGAUCAU